AUCAUCAAAGUGCACCAGGAAUAGACCUGCAGGUGCAGUACCCUUGGAGUCUGGCGCUGUUCGGUCUCUGCUUCGCGCGUAGUAGCAUGCGAUAGGCCAAAACAAAAGGAGCGAGCUGCAUUGACCCCAUUCCCCUCCCAAUAUCGUGCCAUUCAAAGAAAGAAGAAAGAACCCAAGAUUCCUGUCCUGUCUUGUGUUGGAGUGACAUGUCGCCUUGCCAGCAAACCGCAUGUUGGGCUCCCCCGCAGUGGAGCAGCAACAAGCCCACGAUGGGUGCCUGACCGCCAGACGAUGCCGGUCAUCAUCAACGACCUCGUUCAACUUUGCAAGAACCUGUCCGUUCGUAAGUUCUUCUGUACAUCAUCAUCGAAUGGUGGGAAUCGUAUCUAUUUUCUAUUCCGCUUUUCCCCCUCUCUCCCCUUUAUCUCCCCUCCCCCUCUCAAUGCAACGACUUCUCGUCGCUGCCAUCAGAUGCCUGCACUGUGGCCUGAUAAUAGUCUGGUCAUGUCCUUCGCCCGCGAUCAAGGGGCGAAGUUUUGGGGUUUGUUGAUCAAUCCCGACAAGAGUCCCUCUCCCUUACUGGAACAGCUAUGUCUGGGGAUCGCUCAGGUCAUGACCACGUUUGACAACUAUGCGACGACCGAUCUCACCCCGGAGCGCCUGGCGACGUUCUAUCGAAAGGUGGGUGGGAAUUAUGAUGUCCUGUUUCUAGACACCAAACCUGCCGCCUUGUCUUUCAUCUAUCAACGUCUCGGUUGUUUUCACAGCAUCCAGCCCUCCGCCGAUCCCUAUCAGCCCCCCUCUAUUCCCUCGCUGCAACCGCAUGGCUUCGUCCGAUGGCAAACGAUCCAACUCCUGCUGGAUCCCGAUGAGCAUGUCCGUUAUCUACAAAAGGCUGUCGACAGGUGGAAUAUUUACAGCCAGGCUGGCACGCCUUUCCCCAAAUCAAUCCCCCGCGAGGCAUUUCCCGCACAGCCAGAUCCCGAGAUGAUACAGUGGCAUGAGACGGUGAGCCAGCAAUUCGAGUUUGAUUAUUGGAAGAAAAAUCUCCGCUCGUCACCCUCUACUUUCGGCGCCUACCAUAAUCAGUUCAGCCAGAAGGAAACAACAGCAACUGCUAGUAAGGAAGAGGGUAGUGCUCCGAGUCACCGUGCGUCGACUCCUAGCCAUCAUCGCUACUCUGUAGCGAAUGAAAUGCCCCAUUCCCCCCGUCAUCAAAGGCGACCAAGUGCAGAGGUCCCUCAGCCCGCUAGUCGCAAAGUACACUCGACCGUUCCCCGUCGCUCUACGGAAUUUGGUGGAGCGCAUGCGUCCCCAAGAGCCCCGUCCCCGCCCGCCUGGCCAAAGCAUGCACACCAUAAGCCUCGUGGCCGUGAGCGUAUGAGUUAUUUGCGACCCGAUAGCCCCGAGGCUAUUCCCGGCCAUAGUUCUUCCGAUGCGUCCUCGGAGGACUCUAGCUCUGCAACACGAGAGCCGACUUCACCUUCCCCCCAGCACAGCGGCCACUACCGGCACUUGUCCCCUCCUCAUUCCCCGCAUGCUCGUCGACAUUCCCACGAAGCUUACUCCCGCAGACCGCAAAGGGAGCUAUCCCCGGACUCGCAAAGACGGUUUGCAUACCGGGACGCAUAUAAUCCCACGUCCAGCCGGCCGUAUGAUUCCGACAGUGGGCGCCGAGUACGACAACCGAGAGUUUAUACGGAUGAGGUCCGCGAUUCCAGGACACCCGGGACGGUAUAUCGCGAGCCUGUUUAUCGAGAAUCGGCGACUGUUCCCACCAGCCCUGUCUACGGGCAUGCCCAUCCUCAAUUUAUGAAUGUGAAUAGUACAACAUACAUGGUGCAUCCGCACACCGAGCUUGACGCGUGCGUUAUGGAGGAUACACGACGAGGGAGUAGUUACCACGGUGGUGGUAGUGCGACUCCCAACCCACCCAGUCAGAGUGGAGGCAGUGUCUACGGGCGCCCACGGCUAUCCUCCAUGGGCGACUUUCGCCAGCAAAGGUGGUCAGGUAUGCAUGGUGCCACCGGUCGAGGUGUUCCACCGGGCAUCGUGGAUGCAGAAUACGGCAGAAGGUCAUCGAUGUAUGACCGAUGAGAAACGACUUGAUACGAUACAUAACGACUCGAAGUUUGGAUUUCAUUUUAGCGCUGGAUUAUUAUUAUGGCACUGUAUUGGAAUGGGGUUCUGGCAUGUUUAUCUGGGAGAGUUCCUCCCAUUACGAGGAGAUGGCCUGUUUACUAAGUCCCUAUGCUAUGGGCAGGCGUUGGGUUUUGAAGUUUUGGAACACCUCCUCAUGGCGAAAGGACAUAAUCCCUGGACAUGCUUACGAUGUUACGAUUGUUACGAUUGUUAGAUGUGGUGUAGUGGAUUUUCUUUGGCUCUUUUUUUUUUUUCGUCUUACUGCUGCUCUUACUUUUUUUUUUUUUUUU